AUGCUGGUUACCUAUUUGGUAGCCAGCCGGGACCUUUGCGAGACGGACUCAAUUCUUAAUGGCGCCGCACUGGAAGUGUGCCGUAUUAUAAGUGCCAAAAUUUCCACGGCUGGACGCGCUACUGGACAAAGUAGUGCUAUCCCAGCCUGGAAAAUAAGAAUUGAAGAACGUAUCGCAAAGGCUAGGGCCCUCAUUGGCAGACUGAUAUGCUUCAGGUCAGGCAACACCAGGCCAAGGAUUGUGCGCACCGUCAGGAUGGCAUUUGCUGGGAUAAAUGUUAGUUUGUCCCAGCCGGAUAUAAUGCAAAAACUGACGGAGCGCAUAGACGACCUGAAGCAAAGAAUAGCUGCUUGGGGAAAGCGGAUUCGGCGAUAUACCGAGAGGUCGACACGGUUCAACCAGAACCGUCUCUUCCAGAGUGAUCAGAAGAGGCUCUAUAAAUCAUUGGAGCGACCAAUAGUAAGUGGAACGGGCCCUGCAUCGAAUCAGGCCGACAUGGUCGCGUUCUGGCGCGGCCUGUGGUCAGAGCCCGUAAACCACAACGAGGGCCCUUGGACGGAAGUUGUGGCGAGUCAGUGUGCGAGUAUUACGCCCAUGGACCCCGUCAUCAUAACGCCGGAUGACGUAGCUGAGGCGGUCCGUAGGGCCCCGAACUGGAAAAGUCCGGGGCUUGACGGGCUGCAUCACUACUGGCUGAAGGGGCUCAUGGUGUGUCACUCUGUGCUCGCCCGUCAGUUUCAAGAGGCUCUCAACCAGAAGUCGCUCCCGAGCCUCUUCACUACUGGGAUCACUCAUUUGAUUCCUAAAGACCAGGGUGCCACAGACCCGAGCAAAUACCGCCCCAUCACGUAUACAGAUAUUGAGGAUAUCAACGAGGGUAGGAAGCGUCGCCACAAGGCCUUGCCAAAUACGUGGAAGAGAAACAAAGCCAAAUUACGUAUUAUGCAAGGAGAGCAGUGCUUAGGAUAUUCAAAACCAGCAAAUAGAAAAUUUUUACAGAAUACUUUAAGAUCUGCUCGAAUAAUGGGAGAACGAUGCAAGUCUGAUUAUUGUGUUAAAAGAACUAAAAUUAGAGCUUAUGAGGAGUACAUUGGAAGAGGAGAUUGCGGAAACGUACAGUACGCCUCUCGAAAAUCGACCGCGACUUCCCCGCAUAGCCCUAAAAAGCGGAAUCGGGCUGUCGUGAGGGCUCUGAACCCAAUGCUGGUGACCUAUUUGAAAGCCAGCCGGGACCUUUGCGAGACGGACACAAUUCUUUUUGGCGCCGCACUGGCAGUGUGCCGUAUUAUAGGCGCCAAAAUUUCCACGGCUGGACGCGCUACUGGACAAAGUAGUGCUAUUCCAGCCUGGAAAAUAAGAAUUGAGGAACGUAUCACAAAGCCUAGGGCCCUCAUUGGCAGACUGAUAUGCUUCAGGUCAGGCAACAACAGGCCAAGGAUUGUGCGCACCGUCAGGAUGGCAUUUGCUGGGACAAAUGUUAGUUUGUUCCAGCCGGAUAUAAUGCAAAAACUGACGGAGCGCAUAGAUGACCUGAAGCAGAGAAUCGCUGCUUGGAGAAAGGGGAUUCGGCGAUAUACCGAGAGGUCGACACGGUUUCACCAGAAUCGCCUUUCCCAGAGUGAUCAGAAGAGGCACUAUAAAUCGUUGGAGCGACCAAUGGUAAGUGGAACGGGCCCAGCACCGAAUCAGGCCGACACUGUAGCGUUCUGGCGCGGCCUGUGGUCAGAGCCCAUAAACCACAGCGAGGGCCCUUGGACGGAAGUUGUGGCGAGUCAGUGUGCGAGUAUAACGCCCAUGGACCCCGUCAUUAUAACGCCGGAUGACGUAGCUGAGGCGGUCCGUAGGGCCCCGAACUGGAAAAGUCCGGGACUCGACGGGCUGCAUCACUACUGGCUGAAGGGGCUUGUGGUGUAUCACACUGUGCUCGCCCGACAGUUCCAAGAGGCUCUCGACCAGAGCUCCCGAGCCUCUUCACUACUGGGAUCAAGCAUUUGGUUCCUAAAGACCAGGUUACCACAGACCCGAGCAAAUACCGCCCCAUCACGUGUUUGCCGACCAUAUACAAGACACUAA